CUACAUCAGGGGCUCGUGGCGGCAGGUCGAUGUUCCCGACGACUGCGCCGUGCUCUUCGCGGGCGACAUGCUGGAACGCCUGACCAACGGCGGGACGCCCGCGCUCCUGCAUCGCGUCACAAUGGGCGGCGAGGCGAUGCCCGGGCGCAUUCGGUCCUGGUGGCCUUCCGUGCGGCAAUCGCACAUCCUCUUCUUGCAACCAGACCAGGACACCGUCGUGUGCCCGCUGAGACCGUUCCUUUCCGCCAGCCACGGACAGAACCUGCCGCCAGUGAGGUACGGCGAUUGGCACAAACAGAAGGUCUGUCUGGCCUUCAACCUGCACGAGAAGCUCCCGCAGGCGGUCGGCGGCGCUCGCCGCGACUACUCCGCGAAGGAGAAGGCGCGUCGCGCGGCGCGCCGCCGCGAGGACCUCGAGGCGAAGAGUGCGCGCCGCCCUUCGGCGGCUCCUCCGCGGCCGGGAUUGCGGCUGGCUGAUGCUGCUGGUGACGAUGUUGCUGAUGAUGAUGCUGAUGCUGAUGCUUUCGAUGUUGAUGAUGAUGAUGCUGAUGCUGA